AUGCCAUCUCGCGACAGUGCCCUCGCAGGCCGCGCCUCCUUCAUAAAAACCAUAGAGUCCUCCGAAGAAUUCAAAAUCCUCGACAAGUUCGUCCACUACCCCGAGGCCCGCGUAGAAGGCUACGUCAACCAGAUCAUCGACCAAUGUAACAUCGCUAUGAUCAUUGAUGACAAAUAUCCAGAAGAAGGCGUCGCCAACGUCGAUACAAAUCUAUGCUGGGCGCUCUUGGAACUCGCACAGCGUCUUCCUCCAUCGAAGCAGACGAAAUUAGUCCAGAUGCUGGCUGAGCUGCAGACGCGCACGGUGAUGCAUCCGGUCACAGGACAGCCGCUAACUUAUCAAGGUGAUGUCUUGUUCACGGAUCUUCCGGCUUCGGGGUGGAGUGAGUUGGAGGCUUUUGAUGAACAUGGUGGGGACUGGCAUGACAUCACUGAUCCGGACAUGGAUCCGGAGUGCCAGGAUCGCUGGGUAAAUCUGAAUGCGUUCGUCGCGCAAAUGAGCCAAGCGGCUGAGCUUCGAGAACCGUUCAAUGACUCACAGAAAGUCCAUCGAAUGGACCGAUCUCUACGAGCGAUCUGGGUCAUGAGAGAGGCGUUAGAGAACGACACCCGGCCCCUGGAAGAGUUGGUCGAGUCGGCCGCUAUGCGAGCUGCGUGUAUGUGGUUCAUUUAUGCGGCUGAUCGGCUGCGGCAGAAGGUCGAUUUUCAAGUUCGAUAUCCCGAUCUCCACGGAGCCCCAGGGAGUAAGUACGCCGACAAGGGGUGGAGAGGACAUGAAUUGGAAAGAUGGAUAAUGUGGAUGCAAAGACUCAACGAAUUGAAGGCUGUUUGUGCGAGUUACGAAACGGAGCGAUUGAUCGAAAUUGCGCAGGAGAACAUUUUCAGAGUCAUGCCGCCGUGUGAUUUCGAUGUGGCAAUGAAGGAUAACCGUACCUCAAUCAUUGCCCGGUGGCCAGGGGAUGAGAUACCCUGA